UUCAUCCAUCGACUGCCUCCUGGCGAUAAGCGAGGGAUAAAGUGCUGACGGCAACGAAAAGAGUCAGAUUGCGGGCACGUGAUACGCCCGUGAAAUGGAACGCGUCUGAGGGGGUGAGAAAAAGACAAAAGGAUUCGUAGAGUUAAAGGCCCGACGGGCAAUUUUCCAAAUCACACUGGACAUCAUAUGCUGAUCUGUUCAUCUUGAGGGAUCUAUAGGCCGCCAUGUCUCAGGUCGACGUGGAAUUAGGCGAUCUCUUGGCCGAGGUGUUGCCCGCCGGUGUCAAGCUUACGAUUCGCCAUGUCUCCUCGACUCCCACUCCCUGCGCUGCUCUCUUCGCCGCACCGCCCGGCGAAACUUCAGAGCCCACCUUUUGUGAAAAUCACUUUCUGACCGCAUCGGUGGACGCGGAUGGGAAAGAUGGCGCGGAGAUCAUCGUGCUCGGGGUCGAGGUGUUAGUCUACAGCACGGCGCACCUGACGACGAUAUUCGUCUCCAAGGCCGACUCGACGGGGUUCUUACAUCUCCUCAAGGACGCCCCCAAGGUCUCGCUUCUGCGACGCAUCUCGCAGACCUUCCUCUCCUUCCUGGUUCGCACGCAUCAGCGACCGGGCGUCCGCCUCGUGGUGUCCUUGUUCGCGCGCGCGCAGAACCAGUACCUGUUCCCCGGGAGCAUCGAGAACGAGAGCAAGCAUGUCCUCGACGACCGAGGUCUAAUCAAAUGGUGGUGUCGCGUGUUCGAUCCGAUUCUCCGCGAGUACGAGCCCGAGUCGGGCUCGCAUGCGAAGAACGCCCUGGAUCGACAGACCGAGUCGGCGCAGAGCUCGGCCACCGCGUUCCUGAUCGUUCCCGGGUGUGACAAGUUCGAAACCCGGGGCUUCUUCCCCAGUGCGGCCAGACUGGACGGCAAGGACCGCCCCAGAUGGUUGAAUAGCUACCCCCUUCAUCAGCUCUGCGAUGAUCCCAGGGCUCCUCCGCGCUGUCUGAUUCCCCGCUUCCCUGACGACCCGAAGACUCGCUUCCUGGUCGACUUGGAUGACGAACUGCCCGGGCAAGAUGAGGGUGACAAGUCCUCCGUGGCGCCCGGCCAGUGGUGGAGUGUCAAGUCUCUGGAUCAGUUUUGGGAAAUGAUGUCCUUCCGCCAGGAGUGCUCGUCGGGACGAUUAGUCGGAUUUCUCUGGCUCGUGAUCAACCCGCCAGGACUGGUCAAUUCGGUCCAGAUGACCAGCUCGCGGUCUGUUCUCGGUGAUAGCAAAGCGCUUUCGGGUGAUGUGGGACAUGCCGCAGCCCGUGCGCGUAGAGUUCCUGGAUUACAGGCCGACGCCCCUAUAUCUACAUCGUCGGAGCCACACGUUACCUCAGAAGAUCCGACUGUUACACAGCCGAUAGGUUCUCUCGGCAGCUCAGCGACCGUUUCAGCCCCCGCACACGCUGAGAACUUGCCUGUACCCACAUCUACGGCGCAGCCUACUACAGAUGCCAGCGCGUUCUUCUGGCCUGAAGCGGGCCGGGGCCACGCUGUGCUCUGCGAAGCUGACUACAAAGCAGCGAUUGACUUCUUGAUCGAGCAGGAUUUCUUCGACAAAGAGGUAGCCCUUGCCAGCACAAAAGCGUGGGGCGAGAAAGUUGCCUCACUUGCUGACCAACUCUGGGUCGGGCAACAGGUCUUGGGGCGAGGCACAACAGACAAUCCUUCUCAGAAGAGUACGGAGGUGAACACUCUCAUCAGCAGCACGCUGGUCCGGAAGCGCAAGAAGGUCGAGGAUGAACCUGUCCAAACACCAGAGAGCGACAAGACUGCUGAUGAGGCCGAGAAAGACGCCGCUGCACCCACUGCGGACGCGACAGUGUCCACCUCGAUACCUGAGCCGGCUUCUGGGAUCAAUGUUCUACAAGCCAAUCUCAUCCGGAAGAAGAAAAAGACGUAGCUCAGGGUUGGCUUGCUUUAUUCGGCCAUUGGUUCUGUACAGUAGAAUGAAGGACACGGGGAUAAUCGGCACGGCUUGAUUGUAUUUCUUUCCUUUCUGUUUUCUUAUCUUUUCUUUGCUUCUAUGGGGCUUGCAUACUGGGAUUUUAUCACUUUUCAUUAUCGCAUCGCAUUUGUCUUAGCUGGAUUUGAAGGCUUUGGACGCCGAGUUCAUCAGACGUGGAACUGAAUAUCCGAGCCACGGAACGGGCGACAAGCCAUCUGACAUACUACUUAAUCAAACAACUUUUCAAAGUACAUA